AUGAUCAAUUACUACAAGCUCGGCUUUGACGCUGCUGACAUGUAUGGAAAUUCUCGGACUGGAAAAUGUCAGGCAAUUUUUAAUGGUGGCAAUCACACCGGUUCAGUUAUGGUAGAUCUGUCAGAAAUCACUAAACAACAACCAUCGUCUCUAGCAUCUCGUUCAUCAGUUCCACAUGUUGUUAGAGGAAGGUAUUUCCAUCGGGUCGACGAUGUUGUGCGACCUGCUGGAUGUGGGAACAAAACUGGAGGAACUUUCCCUUUGUUGAUCUACCCGAACAUUGUAACGAUGCUUGGUCAGACUAAGGUAGACGUAAAUGGCAUGUGUCUGAAUCCAGCUGUCACCUAUGUCCUCAUGAUCGAACAACGUCAGGUUAGCGCAUGA